AUGGCGGACGGUUACCACCUCUGGGGGCCCCGUUCGCCCCUCGACGAGUCGCUGUGGUGGCUGCGGGGGGCGGCACCGCCUCCGCCCGCCGCCUCCGCCCACCCUUUCCGCGGGGGCGGCCCCCAGCUGGUGGCUGCGCUGGCGGGGCUCCGCGGACGUGUGGCGGCGGUGAGCCGGCCUCAGGCCGUCAGGCUGAUGGGCCUCGACGCCGUCUUCGGGCGGCUGGUGACGGCGCAGCCGCCGCGCUGGAGCGGAUCGCUGCGGGUGUCGGAGCACUCGGCCUUUUGCCGGGUGGUGGGGCGGCGGCAGCGGCCGCCCGGCGGGCUGCGGGAGGCGCAGGCCCACUUGGUGGCCACCAUGUGCCGGCAGAUCCUGCGGGCCAUCCUGCUGCUCUACACCGCCUACAAGAAAUGCGCCUUCGUCCUGGAGCACUCCCGCUGAGCAGGCACCGCGCCGCGCUGACAUCGCCGGCGGGAAACGCGUUCGCCUCUUCUGGGAUGCGCGGAGCUGCAGAACGCCCCGGGUCGCGACAGGUGACUGGGCUGACAGCCCCUGUGCCUCGAGUGCCCAGAUAGGUUUCAGACUCAGCGUGGUGCCUGUAGCAUCCGACAUCCCCCUGGGCAGGAGGACCGUCCUGCGGGUAGCAUCCCUUCAGCUGCUGGAAGAAAUCCCUGAAGAAGCGAAACGCGGCACGAACUGAAAGCUGCUGCUUCUUGAGACAUCUCCAUCUUUGCCCGACAGUCCUCAAAAGAAAGAAAAACAACCACAAAACAAUCCAACAACUCAUACACUUGAUGUAUAGCUGAGGAAACAAACUUCAAAGCAGACUCUCUCGGCUUACUACUUUCAGAGCAAAAAUCCUUUUAUGUGUUUCAUCAUUUGUGGACGAAGACGUUCCCAAAAAACUCUCAUGAGGGUUAGGCCAUAAUUUGUUAGUAGGUGUUAUAGUUUCCCCCCCUUGACUGUUACCAUGUGUUGAGAACUAAUUCGUUUACAAAGAAUUUAAUUUGCCUUUUAGUAUUCCGAACAAAAUCUUCAUAGUUUACAGCUCAUAAAGGCAGUUUGUGUAGAUGCAGUCUUCAAAGUUACUAAUUUAAAAUUUUACUUCUAUUGUUUUUUCUGUAUAAUGAAUAGAGAAAUCCUUAAAACCAAAUUGGUGGAGGAACUCUGCUUUAAAGAUGCACUGCUACCCUACU